AUGCAGGCCUCCACGGGUGCCCAUGAGGCCGGACACGCGACUCGGCGAGGUCAUGGCCCUCAUUUAUCCAUUAGUGACCCAAGCCACCAUGUGACGGAAGCAAUAGGGCAUAUGUACGACGACGACUACGAUCGUAAUGACCCGAAGCGCUUAAGCUAUAUAACAUCCCCGCUCGGAGAAUCGAUAACAACCAUCCCGCGGGCCGCCGCAGGAUCCGAGUCGCUCUCCCCGUCUUCACCACUACAGAAAUCUUUCUCGGAUGGACAAACAAUAGCGGAAAAUGGACAGCAGCGACCACCUCUGGUCGCAAACUGGUCUUAUGAAAGGGGGAGUGAUUCCGGACUCGCUGAUGGAACUCGGUCGCCUUCUGAAACCGCAACCUCCUCCUUUCCCCUUAACGACAUUGACUACGAGUCGAACCCCGCGGCCGUUGCCCAAGAACUGAACAAUCUUGCUGCGAUUCGACGCAUGUCUAUGGACGUGGCCGCCGCCGGUGACCCUGACCUCCCAGGCUUCUCUCCCCCCCCUCCCCCUCAGCCGACGAAGAUGACGCCUCCCGGUUCGGAUCAGAUCAAGCGCAGGUCUGGAGAUCAUUCCACGGAACGUAAAGGGUCGACAGGUGGUCUCAACCGCAAGCGGUCUAUGUUAUCAAGGCAGAUCGACAAUUCUUCCGGCUAUACGGAUGGCGCCGAUCGACUUGAGCGUCAACGCUCGCAGUCUAUUAAACGAGAUGGUAUGCUGAGUCCUAACUUACAGCAGUUAGAAACCUUGGUGGAUGAUUCGAACCCAGUGGAUAAAGAUACCCUCGUGCGUGGUAUGCAGAAUGUCGGCAUCAGGGAUGAAGAUAAACCGAUUCUACCGCCCGCGCCUCUGCAAAACAGCCUUCGUCGGUCCACUCGAACACAGUAUAUCAAAGCAGGGAGUUUGAAAAAAGGCGAGAAAUUACCCUAUUCUAAACGUGUUGGACGGGGGGCAUCUGAAUUUGCAGGAAGCGACACAAAUUCCAAGACCCUUCAUCAACAUGAAGACCAGUCCAUCCUGGGAUCGACUCGCGUUUCAACGGACCAUGCACACAAGGCAGCGACACGAGCGACACGAGCCUCCUCCGCUUCAUCACGUAGCGGGGCUUAUUCUCCUGCUCCCUCCACGACUUCCACAUUUGACUCGAUUCCUGAUCAACCCCAGGCCGAACAGCAAGAAUUGUUCAAGUCCGGCGGGCAUGGAGAUGCUGCCGUGGACCGACACGUCUCGAGGGACUCGGACAAUUCAAGGCAAUGGCAUUCUCUUAUCAGCUCGAACGGUCGGUCCACUUUGAAUAUAGCCCCAGAGGAUAAGAAGAUUCCCGCAAUCGUUGAAACGCCUCCCGCUGCCGAAACGACCCGCAUACCAAGCCCGCCUUCCCAACGGAGUCGGUCAUCGGAUCAAGCUGCAACGCCGACACAGCCAGAGAAACCUUCCUCCUCGCCCGAUUCAGCGCCCAAACGCCCGAAGAACAUCCGUCAGCCGCCUCACCAACCCACAAAGUCGCUUGAUGACUUUGCCAAUAACCCUCAGAUGAUACCUGGCACCAGCACCCGCACUGAUAGUCUCUCGUUCAUUCCCACGCUGGCGGAGGAACGCAAAUCAGAAGAACGAAAAUCAGAAGGCAAGAAAUCAAAGGAUAAAAAAGACACUGAAGGUAGUCGCAAGUCUAGUUGGCAUUGGUUAUUGGGCAGUGAAGAAAAGGAUAAGAAGAAGGACAAAGACGGUGACUCGAAAAAGAGCAAAUCGAAAACCAUUGAAAAAUCCCACGACAACACACGCCUCGAUGUUUUGCAAUCGUCAAUCGAAAGCACUCCUCGAGGACGUGAAAGUCUCGUGUUGGACCGUCUCGACCCCAAGCUAGAAGAAGAACGUCGCAAGGACAGCGUGAGGAGGACAUCAGGGGACUCAAAGAAAGAAAAGGAUGGUAUCUUCUCCUCCAUCUUUGGUGGAGGUCGAAAGAAGCACGGUGUUGAAGGACACCACCGCAAGCAUUCAUCCCGAAAUUUGUCCCCUGAUCCCCCAACGCGGGUGCUUCGUGCUGAUGUUGAUUAUCCUUGGACUCGCUUCUCAAUAUUGGAGGAGAGAGCGAUUUACCGCAUGGCACAUAUCAAACUUGCGAACCCCCGAAGAGCGCUGUACUCGCAGGUGUUGCUGAGCAAUUUCAUGUACUCAUACCUGGCCAAGGUCCAACAAAUGCACCCGCAAAUAUCGACUGGGUCUUCUGGGUCAUCCCAGAGAUCUUCAAGGUCAAGAGACCAACCAGAUGAGUACUCACAAUAUCAGCGAUACCAAGAGGCUCAGGAACAGCACCACUAUGGGGAAAGCGGAUACGAUGAUUCUUCCAUGUAUGACUAUGACGACGAUUCACAUGAUCGCUACGGCGCCCAGUCGAGAGGCAGCAAGCAAGGCUAUGAAAACGGCCAGGCUUACGGGCCAGGGCACCACCAGUACGGACACUCGUCCUUUGGCGACGAUGUCCAACUGGAUGACGAUGAUGACGAUGAUAUGUGGUGA